GUCGAGUGAUAACGAUCAGCGGAAUGUCUCGAUUCAUCCGGAGAAUUUUUUCCGUGAGUGAGACCUCCAGGAUGCGGCGCUUCCUGGAAUGGGCCCGAAAGGCUAAUUUCAGAAGGCUUUUCGCCCGCCCCUCCCGGGUCGAUCCAGCCCCCGAGGACACAGAGUUCAAGGAGGAAUUGAUGAGCACCUCCCGGGUCGCUCCAGCCCCCGAGAACACAGAGUUUAAGGAGGAAGUGAUGAGCGACGAGCGGUGCUUUGAACUCGUGCUCAGUGAGCUCUACGGAUCCCAGUCCCACGGCGAUCUGGUGUCUUGGACCAGGAACCUAACCUCGGCCCAGCUGAGUGAUCUCUCCCUCCAAGUACUGUAUUGUUUGAGGAGCCCCAACCUGACCAGGGUGGGGCAGGCAAUGCGGAUACUCUCCAUCCUGCUUCAGGUGAACGCAGCCUUAGAAAAUCAGGCGGCCGACUUGGCAAGGAGCGUGUUGGAGCCCCACAUCUCCUCCGAACCCCAGGCUGGGAAGACCCUCUUCAAGGAAGUCCUGGCCCUGCGCCGCACCCGGGAGACAGUGCAGGUCUUCCUCGAGUACUCAAUACCUCUGAACAGGCAGGUCCUUGAGGUUUGGAAAUCUGUCGGGGGGGAUGCUUCCAUCGCCUCCUGCAUGAUGCAGGAACUGCUCCGUAGAGUGUUGGUACGACCUCUACCUGAGGAGAGCAACGGGACCGAGUGGGAGAGGCACAGCCGAGGCUCCAUCGCUGCUGUGAACACGCUAUAUGAGCUUCUCUUUUCUGUGGAGUACUCGGAGGCUGUGGCUCGACUCCUCCCCCAGCUCUUCCUGGCCUUCAUCAUCCAGAUCCACUAUGUGCUGGAGCUGGGCCUGGUGGGGGAACGAGUGCUCUUGGCCGUGGAGCCCACCGUCCCCUCUGCGCUCAGUCCCUGGAGGACCCUGGUUCAGAGCAGUUGCCCGAUGGUGGCCGAACUCCUGCCAAUGGUGGCCAGCUCUUUGCAGGAGAAAGACCCGCAGGGCCGAAGUGUGGCCAUGGGGCUGCUGGCCGAGUUGAUCUGGACGCCCUGCAUGGAGACUACCCUGGAUCCCGAGGUCGUGCGGUUAAUCUUCCGGGAUGGCCUAAAGGCCCCCGACCCCGUGGUGAGAGCCAUCAGCCUGCAGGCCCUCAGCAGCCUGCCCCUCAACCACGACAAGGACCCAGUGCUCCUUGCUCAGCUCCCCUUCCUCCUGGAGGGCAUCACCCAGAAGGACCAGGAGGGGCUCCUAGCGGCCAUGGACGCGGCGACUCUCACCGCCCUCAGCCUGGGCAGUCGGGGACUCGGCCACCUCCGUAAGGAUAUCGUCCUCAGGCUGAACCCGUUCCUUGACGACGUAAAGACCCCAAUUGCGGGUGGCAGCCCUGGAGCUGCUGGCAGCGUGGCCAGCAGCUGUCUGACGGUUCCAAACCCCCGUCUCCAUCAUAAGGUGAUCUGCUGCCUCCAGCCCAUCCUCUUCCACCUGAAGGACGAGCACCCGACAGUGGCCAAAAAAGCCAGAUAUACAUUCUUCUGGCUGGCCCAGAAUAUCGGCUGGAGGGACUCCAGAGUCGUCGGAUGGAUGUUGAGGUGGGAAGAGAGGGAGAGAACGACCUAUGGUACCAUCUGGACGGCCUUGAUGAAGAGCUUUGGGGACUUCCUUCCCAUUUUCUUGUCCCAAGCUCUGGCCUAUACCAACUGCAUCCAACCAGAUGUGAAAUUUGCGGCCAUUGUCUUCCUCGUACACACCAUCACUGUGUAUCCCGCGAGCCCGCUGCUCUCCGACAAGACGUUCAAAAUCAUUUUCCAGAAAACUGAAGCUCUGAAAAACGACUCCUCGUCCAAGAUCCGCAGAUUCCUGAACACCUACAAACGGAGACAGAAAGAGAAAAAUGAACCGCUCUUCUUCUGA